AUGGAUAAGGAAAGGUUACUUGAUAGUGAAGCCCAAAUUGGCUUCCACAUAGAAAUGGAGGAAGUAGAUGAUGAGUUGAUUGAUAUUUUGAGAUCUUUAAAUUUCGGACAAGGUCCCUAUUCAAUGGAACAAUUGGAACUGAAUUUGAACUCAAUCCGUGUUAAGAAAGCUAACUUGAAGGUUCUAAAGUAUUUGAGGAAUAAAUACCUUCUUAUCUAUGAUGCAUUAUUGCAAUUCAAUCCUUCAGAUCCUCAACACCCAUAUAUUUUAGAUUUCGAAACCAUGCCCUUUGAAAUACAGUUGAAAACUUUGUUGUUGAACAUUACUCUUUACAGAAAGGAAGUCUAUGACACUUAUAAGGAAGCUCAGACGAUUGAAUUAUCCAAAAAGCUGAAGUUAUAUGCGUUAGGUAAGAAACUAGGAUUUACCGCAGAUAGUUGGGAAAUGUUGCUUGCUGUAGGUUUCAUAAUUAUCAUAGUCUUCCUAAUUAUAUGGCUCGUGAAUUCAUGA